GUUUUACAUUUGGCUAAAAAGCUUUGACAAAUUGAAUUUUUCCAGUAAUUAAUCUCAAAACGCAAUUCUCAGUUUCUCUCUGUAAUUUGUACACCGGAAAACGAACCUGUCAGUAGCCCAGUCCGGCAAUGCUCUGCCCGGCUCCGACCGGAAAAUCAGGCAAGAGCUGGCUGGACCGGCUGCGGACCGCCAAAGGCUUCCCCGAGAAUGGCGUCAACGAUCUGGAGCAAUUCCUCCAAAACCCUAAUUCUCCCACCCACGAAAUGCCGCAACCGAAACCGAAUUCCGCCUCAAUUUCCGAUCCGGAUCAGGGCAAAGAUGAACAAUUGUUCAGUAUGAUGAGCAAUGUUCUCAACGAGUUAUUCAAUUUUGGAGAUAAAUGCAGUAACCCAGCAAAGAUGAAGAAAUCCGCCCGCAAACAGACAAACCCUAGAAUUUGUGCAGUUCCCAAUAUUGGGGCCGAUGCGAGCAAUGUGGCUUCGGUGAAGGUGGCGCUGUUGAGGAGUGGCGAUAGCAAUAGUGGAGUGGAGGGAGUGAGGGAGCUGUGUAAAUGGGACAAUGAAGGUGGGGAAGAAGGGCUUGGAAGAGAUGGGAAUUUGAUCGGGUUUUCGCGAACGGAGGUAACGGUUAUAGAUACAAGUUACGAGUGCUGGAAAUUCGACAAAUUGCUGUACAAGAAGAAGAAUGUGUGGAAAGUGAGGGAUAAGAAAGGGAAAGGUGAGAUUUUGGGCAGUAAAAAGAAGAGGAAAGUCAGUGGGGAAAUGGAGGAGAAUCAACGUGGGGGAAAGAAGUCGAAAGUUGACGAUUUGUCAUCAAACGAAAUGAAUAAAUCGGAAAUUCACGAGAAGGCUUCGAAGAAAGUUGGAGGGAUUCUAAAAAAGAAGCGAUCCCGAUCGGACUUGAAUUCGGAAGACGGAAACGCAUCUGUUAUUCUUAUUAAGAGCAUCCACACCAGUAAUAAAAACGGAACGAGCAUUUCCAAAAGCUAUCUCAAGUCGAAACAGAAGAAAGCUUGAAGAUGCUGCAAUGGAAGUUACUAUUUAUCUAUUUAUUUGGGGACGAUAGCAUUUAUCGAAAUCUUUUGGAACACCUAUAGUAAGCGUAAGCGCAUUUGUUCGUAAUUGUCGAAAUUAUAUUGGCACUCAUUGUUUUGUACAUUAUUAUUAAGAGGCGCAGAUCAUUUGGGCAUCAACUGUGAAUUUUUGCACUCUGUUAUCUAUUUCACUGCAGUGUAAAUUAUUUAUUUA